UGGAAGUGUCCGUGGUCAUACGAGUGCCUCGUCCUCCUGCUGGAUGUGCUUGCUUGCGCCGCGGGGUUCUUGCAGAGGGCGUGCGUGUGUGCGUGAGUGUCGGUCUCUGUGCCCUGUCACGGGGCCGCCGCCACCUUCCCUCCCGCCCCUCCAUCCUCCUCUCCUUGGCCUCCCCCCGCCCUUGCACCUCCGCCAGAGGAGCCCCUUCCAUGUCGCAGGUUUUCCCCGGGAGUCACGGAGGCGACGGCGACGGCGACUGCGAUGACGCACAGGCUGACGCCGCCGCCGAGAUGAUCAAUGAGCGCCCGCGGGGCUCCUCCUCCUCCUCCUCUGCCUCCGCCUCCUCCGCCUCCGGCUGUGGGGCAGACGGGUGCGGCCGGGGUGGUGGCGCGGGCGGGGUAGAGGAGGGCGCCCCACCACUGCCCUCACGCCCGCCGCCGCCCUCGCUCGAGCAGCAGCAGCAGCAGGACGUUCCCGAGGGCUGGGCGCGAUUCUCGUGGGUGGCGCCGGUGCCGAAGCGCGUGCAGCUCCAGCAGCCGCAGCCGCAGGCGGGGUCCUUCUCGCAGAGGACACGCUCGCAGAAGGGCAUCGCCGCCAGGAGGCUCCAGCACUCGCAGAGCCAGCCGCACCUCCACCACCACCACCUGCAGCAGCCGCCCUCCUCGCCCGGCUCCGUCCGCCAGCAGGGCCACCUCCACCGCCUGCAGGACCUGCAGCUGCAGCACCAGCAGUCGCUGCCGGCCAAGCAGACGUCACGGCUGCACCCGUACGGCUCGUCGCUCAAGCGCAUUAAGCAGGGCAAGCAGGGGCGCCUCCACGUCCGCCACCACCACGACGAGGACGACGGCGACGGCGACGGCGAGGCCGCGGCCGCCCGUCUCGUCCACAGCUCGAGCGGCAGCAGCAGCAGCCUCAACAGCCGCGUAAGCGUCGCCAGCAACAAGAGCAGCGGCGGCGGCGGCGGCGUCGUCGUCAGUACUAGCGGCGGAGGAAGCGCGAGCGGCGCCACCAUGAGCGGCUCGGGCACGUCGGGGGCGGCCGCCUCCUACAGCACCCUGCGGCGCGGCCUCAAGGUCACCACGUCCAAGAUCAUGAGCGCUACGUCCACCGUCAGGAGACAACCCUCGUCGCCCGCGGCCUCGGCAGGCACAAGCACAGAGACGAGCGUGAGUCCCCGAGGCCACGACGGAAGGCAGAUUAAAUAA